AUGGAGUCAAAGAUUUAUAUGUGUAAUGUUUAUCAUUCAAGGAUUAAUCCAAUAAAACAUACAUUUUCAUAUGCAGUUUAUUAUUUCCUUUUUGAUUUAGAUGAAUUAGAAAGUGGUAAAUUAGAUAAUUCAUUAUUUGGAUAUAAUAAAACUAGAUUAAUCUCAAUUAAAAAUACUGGUUAUAUGGGUGAUGAAAAUAAAACAAUUAAAGAAAAAGUUAUAAAUAGAUUAAAAUUAUAUAAAGAGAAAUUAAUAAAUGAAUAUGAAAAACAACAACAACAACAACAACAAGAACAACAAGAACAACAACAAGAACAAGAAGAAGUAUCUGAAGUAUCUGAAGUAUCUGAAGUAUCAGAAAAAUCAGAAAAAUCAGAAAAAUCAGAAACAAAUAAACAAACUAAAUUUUAUAAUGAAAAUAUUUUAAAAUUAAAUAUUGAAUCAAUUAAAAGUAUAACAUUAAUUACUAAUCCAAGAUAUUUCAAUGACUCAUUUAAUCCAGUUAGUUUUUAUUAUUGUUAUAAUGGAAAUAAAGAAUUAAUUCAAAUAGUUGUUGAAAUUAAUAAUACAUUUGGUGAAACACAUCUUUAUUUUCCAUCACCAACUGAAUUUAAUGAUUCAAAUUUAAAAUAUCCAUUCAAGAAUUCAAUUGAUAAUAAUGCAUAUUUAAAGAGAUAUUCAUCAUCAAAAGAUUUUCAUGUCAGCCCAUUCAAUUCAUUAGAUGGUGCAUAUGAUUUCUAUUUUAGUGAUAUUACUAAAAACUGUUUUGAUAUUAGAAUUAAUUUAAUGUCAUCUUUAAAACAUUAUAGUUUAGAAACUUUACAUCAGAAUGAUAAUGAUAAUAAAAGUUUGGAUUUAUAUGAUUAUAUAAUUUUAACCAGAUUAUGGUCAACAAAGAAACCAUUAUCAAUUACAGUUGGUGAUUUAAGUAAACUUUUAAUAAAUUAUCCAAUAACUGCAUUUAAAACUGUACCAAGAAUAUUAUAUCAAGCUGGUAAAUUACAUUGGGAAAAGAAUUUAAAAAUUUAUUCAAAACCAAAUCCACCUUUAGAAAAUACAACAAUUUUAAUUAAACCUUCAAAAAAUCAAUUAACAGCUUUAGAUUUCUUUUUAAAUUAUUUAAAUCAGUUUAAUUCAAUUUCAAUAAUUUUAAAUUUACCAGAUAAGAAUUCAAUUACAAUUGAUAAUAGAAUUAAUAAUAAUAAUAAUAAUAAUAAUGAAAAGCAACAACCAAUUCAAAUUUAUAUUAGAAAUUAUGAAUUCUUUUGGAAAUUAUUUAUAAUGAAUAAACUAUUAAUAGUGAAUCAAGAGGAUUUGUUCAAAAGCACUUGGUAUGGCAUAUAUGUAAUUUGGAGUGAUUUAUCAGAAUUUAUUAAUAUGGAAAAUAUUUUAACAUUGUUUUUAUUUAAUAAUAAUAAUAAUAAUAAUAAUAAUAAUAAUAAUAAUAAUAAUAAUAAUAAUAAUAAUAAUAAUAAUAAUAAUAAUAAUAAUAAUAAUAAUAAUAAUAAUAAUAAUAAUAAUAAUAAUAAUAAUAAUAUUCAACAAUAUUUAUCAAGUUAUACAAUAAAUGAUAAUGAAAAAAUAAUUAAUGAUUUAAAUAUAAUUAAAAAUGGUAAUCAAAAUUUAUUAAUAAUUGAACCAUUAUUAAAUUUAAAUAAUCAAAAUGAAUUUAUAAAUUAUUUAAUUGAAAAUCAAUUUAUAAAUAAUAAUAAUAAUGAUGAUGAUGAUGAUGAAAAUUCAAAUAAAUUAAUAAUUUUAAUUAAAUCAAAAGAAUUAUAUGAAAAAUAUUGUGAUUCAAAUUCAAUAGUUUUAGAAAAUUCAAUGAUAUCAAUUUUAAAUAUGAAUUUUGAUUCAUUUUCAAGAUUAUCUGAAAAUAAAUUAAAAUAUGAUAAAAUUAUAUCAAUGCAAAAUAAUAAUAAUAGUGAUGAUUAUAAUUUAUCAUUAUUAAAAUCAUUAUUAAAAUCAAAUUUAUCAUCAAAAUUAUUAAUUCAAGAAAUUAAAUUAAAUAAUAAAUUUUCAUCAUCAUCAUCGUCAAUUAAAAAACCAAUUAGAAAAUCAUCAUUUAAAAAUAGUUAUUAUAAGGUCAUUGAUGAAGCUACUAAAAAAUAUUGGGCUGUAAUGGCAAAUUUUCAACAUAAUCCAUUCUAUUUAGAAAAUAGAUAUUUAGAUUUAAUGAAAAUGUUAAAUAAUAAUUAUCAUAUAAAUUCAAAUACUUCAAUUAUUAAUGGUCAUAUUUUUGAUGAAAAUAUUAAUAAUUAUCAUAGUAAUAAUAAUAAUAAUGACGAUGAUGAUGAUGAUAAAAAUGAAGAAGAUGAUGAUAAUAAUAAUAAUAAUAAUAAUAAUAAUAAUAAUAAUAAUAAUAAUAAUAAUAAUAAUAAUAAUAAUAAUAAUAAUAAUAAUAAUAAUAAUAAUAAUAAUAAUAAUAAUAAUAAUAAUAAUGAAAUUAUUAAAAAUAUAAUUUUAAAUUGGAUUAAACAAUGUAAUGAUAAUCAAUCAAUAUUUUCAAUUAAAAUUCAAGAGAGUGCUAUGAAACAAGGUUGUUUAUUAAAAAUGAAUAUAAAUGAAAUUAAUGAAAUUUAUAGAGGUGUUAUUUUUCAUUUAUCUUAUCUUUAUGCUUCUUUCAAUUCAUCUGCUUUUUAUUUUUCAAAUAAAAUUUAUUCAAAAAAUCAACAAGAGAUAACCACAUUAAUCGAAAGAUGGAGAAAAAAAUAA